AUGGUGCUGUCCGGUGAUGACAAGGCCAAUGUGAAAGCCGCCUGGGGCAAGGUUGGCGGCAAAGCUGGGGACUAUGGCGCAGAGGCCCUGGAGAGGACCUUCCUCUCCUUCCCCCCCACCAAGACCUACUUCCCUCACUUCGACUUGAGCCACGGCUCCGCUCAGGUCAAGGCCCACGGCAAGAAGGUGGCAGAUGCACUCACCCACGCCGUUGGCCACAUGGACGACCUGCCAGGCGCGCUGUCUGACCUGAGCGACCUGCACGCGCACAAGCUGAGGGUGGACCCCGUCAACUUCAAGCUGCUGAGCCACUGCCUGCUGGUGACUCUGGCCAGCCACCACCCCGAUGAUUUCACCCCUGCCGUCCAUGCCUCCCUGGACAAAUUUCUCAGCAACGUGAGCACCGUGCUGACCUCCAAAUACCGCUAA